GAUCUUUCUACUUCCUAAAAGCAUCUGUUAUCCUCAUGAUCUGUCUAUCCUAACAACAGCAUGAUCUGUCAUUUUUCUCUUAAUUUUUUCCCAUGUAAUCCCCGUAUGACUGGAGCCCAGCGUAUGGUUCCUGUGCCGAUUCAGUUAUUCCUUAAUCUAAACCUCUCUGAGAUUGAAACAUCAACGGCGAGUGGGUUCGCCUCAGCAUGAUAAAUACAAUUAGAAAGAACAUUCAUAUGGUUACAAACUUGUUUUUUCAUUCUACUAUAUUCGAAGUUAAAUAAGUUAUUUUGUCAUUAACUGACUUAUUUCUUUUCAUACUAGUCUUUUUUGGACCAUGAAGACCACAACACGCAGUAGCCCGAAUGCCAGACCGCCGUUACUACCUGGCGGUCAUCGGCGUGGAACUUUGCGGAGAAAUCCAGUGACAGCUAGCAGGAAUGCGAACGUAGGAUCAGGACCAGGUCAACCUGCCGCCAAGGUCUCCAAUACACCUGAGCAAACUCGCUACAAUGAACCGGUUUUCGCUUGCUACGUGCGGAAGGGGUCCGCAGUCUCCGAGAGGACGGGGUCCAAUGAAAGCGUAAAAAGUGCGGUCGGAGGAAGGUUGAAGCUUUCCUUGGUUCGCUCUACUUCGCCAGAGAAGGUAGAUUCUUCGGGCCACCAAGGUAACAAUGCCGGUAAUAAUGGCUUCACGCGACUCGAUGACCGCGGCGCACCGUUGUCGUCUAGGGGCAUGGGUGCACGAGAUCAACGUGGCGACGGUGGAGUCGGUGAGCCACGAGUCGUGACUACUCCACGUGGCACAAGUACAGUUUACCCUACCAACACGACAAGGACUACCUCAUCCUCAUCCAAUGCAGCGCCUACAGGGAGAACCACUACGCCACGGAGGCAAAAGCUACGCGAAAUCGAACAGGUUGCUAGAGGAGAAAGACGCCGUUCGAGUUCUUUCAACGGGGUGGAGAAGGUAGACUUGGAUCUGAGAAAUGUUGGUGUUGACGACAACUCUGUAAACGAGGGUGAACAACAAGAUCCAGACACGUCAAUCUCAUUUGGCGGAGGUGAACAAGAUGACUACAGCUUUUUUCAAGCAGUGUCUGGCGCAGAUGAAGGAAACACAGCGAGUAAAAAGAAGAGCAAUGAUGAGGUGAAAGUCCCACGACCAACGUUUAUCUACAACACCCCUGGUUUACGGGAGUUGGUUACUACUCCUCGGAAUAACGACGACGUCAAUGGAUCAGCAACAGCACGAACUUCGACAGCCGCCUCGUCUUCUUCAUCGACGAGAGAAAGCGAAUCCUCUACGCAGCAAGCCAAUGCAGGUAGCACUGCUAGCCACAGUCAAGCAGAUGGCGCUACGGACACAGAGAAAGAUGCACGUCCGACGUUGCAGCAUAGAGCAGGCAUUGAUUCGUUGUUGAGCAAGGUCUUGCUGGGCACUGGCUCUAGUGCAGGUUCAUCAAGUGGGACUUCAUCAAGUGGGACUUCAUCCACUUCAGGUUCAAGUUCUUCAUGUGGGCCUACCACUAGGUCCGCUGCGAGCGUCGCUGCAACGCUUGCAGGCAUUUCUGUGGAGAAUAAGCGCAAACGCUUUUUGGAGCGGAUACGAGGAGACGCGCCAAAAGAACAAGGUGGCACGUCUGCAGCAUCUUCGGGAGCAACCAGUAGUGCCGCUUCUGAGGGUGUGAAGCAUACUUCUCAAGACAACAAUAACUUUUUCCAGGAUUACUACCAGAACGAUUGGAACAUCUACGAAAAAAAGUGGGAAGAGUUUACUUCUACAACGGGAAGAAGUAUCGCCUCUGCAAAUGAUGUCCCUUGGCCACCUGGCUUCGGAGUUUCCAGUUCGAAGAUGCUGGUUCGUUCUUCGCAAAGCUUAGCGAAUAAAGACGCCUUUCACUUGUUGCAACGACGGUAUCAUCCGGACAAGUUUUUAGCGAGGUAUAUGUUUAGUUCGGAUGCAGUGAGGCAAGAAGUAGCGGGGUUGGUGAAAGAGCUAUCGCAAAGACUGAAUCAGGAAUGGAAAGUGGUUUCAACAGGUGAAAAUAGUCAGGGGAAUAAGCGGUGAUUGGAUUUGGUAAUAUCUGGUGGACAGUGAGAAGUCAUGACUUCUGGGUUAAGAAUACAU